ACUGCUCUGGGAGACAUACACACACACAGAGAGACAGUUUCCUGCUUCCCAAAGCGGCUGUGGCUGAGACAGGAGGGGACAGAGGGGACAGCAGGGACCGGGCAGCCCGGGAUGAAGGCGCAUCAUUCAGCACAGUGAGGGCACUGUAUGCUGGUACAGAGGGGGCACUGUACUGGCUGCCCCCCCCCUCACCCCCUGGGUGGCUCUGGGACACUGCAGGAGAGACCCCCCACCCAUGGUACUGUGAGUGCCCCCCUGAUGGUACUGAUGGUGCUCUAACUGCUGGGAAAGUCUGACCCCCCCAUGGAAAGUGAGUGACCCACCCCCGGUACCGAGACACCUUGGCUUGCGGUGCUGGUUCUGUUCCCAAUGCUGCCGGGCUAACAGGGCAAGGAGGAGUCGUGCCCGGACCCCAUAACCGCCUCCCGGUUAUCCGACCCCCCCAGGAUGAGCGGCGGAGAAGUGGUUUAUUGCGGCUGGCUCAGAAAAUCCCCCCCGGAGAAGAAGUUACGGAGAUAUGCAUGGAAGAAGCGCUGGUUCAUUCUCCGCAGCGGCCGGAUGAGCGGGGAUCCAGAUGUCUUAGAGUAUUAUAAAAAUGACCACGCGAAGAAGCCCAUCCGGGUCAUUAACCUCAGCUGCUGUGAACAAGUGGACGCCGGUCUGACGUUUAAUAAGAAGGAGCUGCAGGACAGCUAUAUCUUCGACAUAAAGACCAACGAUCGGACCUUCUACCUGGUGGCCGAAACGGAGGAGGAGAUGAACAAGUGGGUCCGGAGCAUAUGUCAGAUCUGCGGCUUUAACCAGUCGGAGGAGAAUGGAGAUUCCUUAAGGAAUAUUCAGUCUCUGAGGCACGGCCCCAGGUCUUCUCCGGCAGAGUUCAACAACUCCUCCCACCACCUUCUCAGGGAGAGAAAGACUUCGGCACCUUCCCAUUCCAGUCAGCCCACUUUGUUUACAUUCGAGUCUCCUUCUAACCACGCUCACCAGACGGCGCUAUCCACCAGCGCGCCUCAGGAUUACCUGUUCCUGCACCAAUGUAUGAGCCAAAAGUCCGAGACCAUGAGAAGUGCCAGUUUUUCCCAAGCCACAAGGUCCUCCUUUUUUAUGAGAAGCGACUCGGCCGUCCAGAAGUUGGUCCAGGGUUACGGUCACUGUUUGAACGGGAUCAGCGGACAAGUGCACGGCUUUUAUAGUUUACCCAAGCCGAGCAGACUUAGUUCUGAGCUUAGGGACAGUGCUUACGACCUGCCGAGAAGCUUUGGCUCUGACACACCAACCAAGUCAAGCCUUACAGGACUGGAGUCGGAAAGCGAGGAUGUUUACUGCUACAAAACUCCCAGCAAUGCUCUGUGUAAAGAGCUUAGGGAACUGUCAACGGAUUCCUAUGAUAUCCCUGGGACGCCGCUCUCUGUGUAUCAGAUCCCAAGAACUUUCACUUUAGACAAGAACCACAAUGCUCUGGGUCUUGCCUCCAAUGACUUCCAUUCCACACCCCCUCCCCGUCCCCCUAAACCAGGACAAGCAGAGACGAUUUGGGGUAGCCCACAGCCACAACAUCAUCAUAAUGGCGAUAACGUGGCAAUGGUCAAUCUUCCAAGGAGGAACACGUUACCAGCCGUGGAGAAUAAGCGCCAUCGAGCUUCCUCCGUUGAAGCCUAUGACUACCCCCAGCUUGGCGACUUCAGCACCGAUCAGUCUGUGGAGUCGGUACACGAUGGUUUCAACUCCUAUCUGCAAACCAAAUCCUCACUUGUACGGUCAGACAGCGCUGAUUCCGAAGACAACUACGUUCCCAUGAACCCCGGCUCCUCAUCUCAGUUUAACAUUGAGAAACUGAAUGACAAUGCUCAGAGCGCCUACCUCCCUAUGAGCCCUGGCCCUAACCAGUUUGACUUCCUGGGCUUUUCCUCCAACACACUUCCUGCCCGGAAAGGAAGCACCGCCUCCUUAUGUCCAAGGCCGAGUCGAGUGAGCGAUAUCCAGCCCCCACCUGUGAACCGGAACCUAAAGCCCGAUAGAAAAUCCAAGCCCACGCCACUGGAUCUGAGGGGUUCGGCAAUAAUCGAUGAGCUUCCUUUCAAAUCCCCAGUCACCAGGUCUUGGAGCCGACCGCCGCAUUCUAUGAAGUCCAGCUCAUCUCAGUGCUGCCGCCCAGUGUCUGCACAGAGUAUUACAAGCACCAGCUCAGGAGACAGUGAGGAGAAUUAUGUAGCCAUGCAAAACCCAGUAUCUGCAUCUCCGGGAACCAGCGGAACCAACAGUCCGGCUCAGAAGAAGAGCACGGGAAGCGUGGAUUAUCUGGCCCUCGAUUUCCACCCUGCGUCUCCCAGUCCUCACCGGAAGCCUUCCACUUCAUCCGCAGCAUCUGAUGAGAAGGUGGACUACGUCCAGGUGGACAAGGAGAAGACCCAAGCGUUACAGAACACCAUGCAGGAGUGGACCGAUGUGCGCCAGUCUUCAGAACCAGCCAAGAACACAAAGCAGUAGUGGGCCGUAACCACGCCAAGCUUCUGGACCAUACCAAGUGAUAGCCUCCUCUCUUACCAACCAUUCAUGGAAUGCUGCUCUGACUCUUGCAUGACUGUUGGGCCGCCUAAGGGUGCAUUGUGGGCUGUGCCUCGAGUUGCUGAGUGUAACUGUGAGCCUUUGGCACUGGAUAUAUAUAGGGGAUGUGAUUGCUGUAGAGUGACAUAACAGACCGGAGCCUCCAAUUGAAGGCCAAAGAACAGAAAGUAGAUUUCUCUGUAACGGCACACACAUAUAUACUGAUAGAACUAGGAAAAAGGCUGAUAGUAAAAGGUAAAAAAAGAUUAGACGUUUGAUCCUGCCAUGUUUUCCAUAGUGCUCAGCUGUGAUUUGGUGAGUGCCUAUAUCUGUUCUGGUUCCCAAUAGAUUUACUGCCUAUAAAGUGCAUUAAUAUUCUGGCCUUGUGGCCAGUACAAUGAUACUGUUCCCUUGGGUUAAGGUUUGUGGGGGCUACAUUACCGUUCUUAACCCAAACUGUUGGAAGGGCAUGCUGGGAAUUGUAGUUAAACCACAGCUAGUUCAUCAACAAUUAUCUAUCCCAUGUGUCAUAUAUUUGUUGAACUGCAACCCUCAUUACUUUUAGCCUACCCUGAGGAUGGAGGGAGGAUUACUGGUCCCCAUUGCUGGUUUAGAUGCAGGGAAUGAUAUUAUCCCAGUUUUAUCCUCUGUCUUUAAAGCUCCCACACUAAGGGGAGGAAACUAGUAUUAAAUAUAUCAGGAAAAUGAGCUUUAAGCGCAUUGAAAGGUUCCCACACUGAAGAAGGACAUGUCCAUUAUACUGGCCGUUGCCUUUAUAAUAAUGUGUAAAGUGAGUUUGUCUCUUUUAUAAAGUUUUAACCUGUUUUUUAACGAGGAAGAAAAAAUAUUUUUGGGCCCACAUUCCCUUGGAAGAAUGAAAGUGGGUUCAGCAGCACACAGGCCAUUUCUAAGAUAUAUUCGCUUUUAUUAUUGGGUGACAAUUUGCCACUGAGGGUGAAACACCCAUCGUUAAACCGUAAUUAGUAGCGUGGUGUCAGCUCCGCCCCCGCACAGUUUUAUAGUUACAGGCAGGGAUAUUGGAUGGGAAGAGGUUAACGGAGCUGGGAGAGCUGGUCUGGCAGGUACAACCACGCGUUUCAUUCGCUGUCAUUGUCAGCUUUCAGUCACUGAACAAUGGAGCCUCGCUGCUGC